AUGAUGGCCAGUUUUCUGUCUCCAAUCGCCACCCUGGGCAUGCCGGCAUCCGUGUUCCUGCACGGUUCCACGCUCUGGGUUAACGUGCUUUCCGCAAUCGUCGCUAUAUGGAUGGCGGCCGUCGUCUUUAUGCCCCUGUACUACAAGAUGGACAUAACUAGUAUUAACGAGUAUCUAGAGUUGAGAUUCAAGUCAGCCGUUGUCAAGGACAUUGCAUCAGGCAUCUUCAUACUGGAAACGCUUCUUUACACAGGAGUGGUGCUUUAUGGCCCGUCACUCGCUCUUGGAGCAGCCCUUGGCUGGAAAACUAACCGAGACAUUUAA